CGAGCACGAGCACAGCCCACGCGCUAUUUUAUUAUUAUAUCUGUAUCCCUAUCGUUAACGCUCAAUUUCCCUCUCAACCCACACAACGGCAAUCUCGCUCGCUCUCACACACGACUGAAAUUCACGCGUCCUCACUCGCACCAGUUACAAAAUGUCUGCUGAAAUUCCCGUCGCCAUCAUCGGUAUCGGUGGGACGUUUCCCGGUGGAUCAGACACCCCUGAAUUGUUUUAUGAGUUCUUGCGCAACAAGGGCGAUGCCAUGGUUGAGCCGCCUCCCGAACGAUGGAACCACGCCGAGUGGAACGGCGGCCCGAACGAGCCGGGCAAGUACUGUGCGGCAAAGGCCGGGUUCAUCAACGGCAUCGACCAGUUCGACCCGCUCGAGUUCGGCAUUUCCUCGCGCGAGGCUCAGCACCUCGACCCUGCGAUUCGGCUUACGCUCGAGGCGGCCCAGGAUGCGCUGCAAGAUGCGGGGAUCGACUACCGCGGUUCGAAGACGGGCGUGUUCUUUGGGAAUUUGCUCACGACGACGGACGAGCUUGAUGAUGAGCGGUAUGAGAUGAACAACUACAAUGGUGUGGGCAAGUGUGUGUCCAUCCGCGCGAACCGUAUCUCGUUCACGUUCGACUUGCGCGGGCCGUCGCUCACCGUUGAUACUGCGUGCUCUGCCUCUGCGACGGCGAUGCAUCUCGCCCUGAACUCGAUCAAGCUCGGAGACUGCGACCAGGCGCUCAUCGUCGGCGCAAACACCAUGAUCUCCCCCGAACACACCGUCUCCUUCUCCAAGCUCGGCGUCCUCUCCCCGACCGGCUCGUCCAAGUCCUUCUCGGCCGACGCAGACGGCUACGCGCGCGCGGAGUGCGCGGCGGCGGUGCUCGUCAAGCGGCUCGACCAUGUGCAGCGCGACGGCGAUGCGGCGUAUGCGGUGAUCACGGGCUCGGCGGUGAAUGCGAACGGGAAGGGCAAGAGUCUGACGAUGCCCGAGGGCGCGAUGCAGGCGGAGACGAUUAAGGCGGCGUAUAAGACGGCGAAGAGGGAUCCGGCGGAGGCAUUUUAUGUCGAGUUGCAUGCGACUGGUACGAAGGUUGGCGAUCCGAUCGAGGCGAACGGUGCGGGUAAAGUGUUCUCGAAGGGUCGCGCUGACGAUCGUACUCUUCGAGUGGGCAGCAUCAAAGCCAACAUCGGCCACGCGGAGGGCUGCAGCUUCCUCGCGUCGCUCGUCAAGGUCUCGUACAUGCUCAAACACAAGGAACUCGUCCCCAACAUCCGCUUCACCUCGCCCAACCCCAAGAUCGACUUUGUCGGCGGCAAGAUGCGCGUGCAGCUGGAGCUUGAGAAGGUCACGCCGGAUAUGGCCGCGCGCGACGGGAAAUGGGUCACCUCGAUCUCGUCGUACGGCGUCGGCGGUGCGAACGCACACAUCGUGCUCGAGUCGUUCGACUCUGUGCACGAUCUCCCCGGUGCGCUGCAGCCGCAGCCCACGGCGCGGAUUACGAGCGUCCCGAGCCCGCUGUACCUUUUCUCCGUCGGCACGCUGACCGAGAGCUCGCUCGGCCGGUGGAGGGACGCGCUCACGGCGCAGUUCGACGGUGUGGCGGACGACCGCACGCUGCGCUCUGUCGCGCGCGAUCUCGGGCGCCAGGCGCGUGCGUAUCCCGCGCGUGCGUUCGCGGUCGCGUCGUCGCUCGGUGCCGGUACGAAGUUCUCGAAGCCGGUGCUGUCGACGAGCAACGCGAGUCCGAAGCUGGCGCUUGUGUUCUCGGGACAGGGGCCGCAGCAUAUUUUCAUGGGGAGGCAGCUUGCUGCGAGCUAUCCGGCGUUCUUGGAUGCGGUUAGGGAGAACGAUCGCGUUUUGGUGGAGAGGUAUGGGCAGGAGUCGAUGUUGGAGCGUACGGGGCUGUUUGUGCCUGGUGUAGAGUGCAAGUUGGCGGCGAACGGGCAGUGGCCGGUGCAAGAGGUUGUGUUGUCGUUGGUGUUUGUGCAGAUUGCGCUCGUCGACCUCAUCAAGAGCCUGGGUAUCCAGUAUGACUUUGUCAUGGGCCACAGUAUUGGCGAGAUCGCGAUGGGCUAUGCUUCGGGUCACUACGACCGCGAGAUGGCGGUCGGUAUCGCUGUCGCUCGUGCCGCUGCUAUGACCAAGGCCGAGGGCAAUGGCGCCAUGGUCGCUCUCGGCGUCGGUGUGCAAAAGGCCAAGGUCAUGAUCCGCAAGGUCUUCUCCAAGUACAAGGUUACCAGCGGCCUCUGGAUCGCCGGUAUCAACUCCCCGCAGGCCGUCACCGUCGCUGGUACGCACGAGCUCAUCGACGCGAUGGUCGAGCUCGCAGCCGACCCCGACGCCAAGGUCUUCGCCGCUAAGCUCCGCGUUGGCUGCGCCUUCCACACUCCCCUCAUGGAGCCGCAGGAAGAGCUCUUCAAGUCCCGCAUGGCGGAUACACCGCUCGCGCAGGGCACGAAGACGCCCAUCGCACGCGUCAUGUCGACGACCGACGGGCGCUGGCUCGAGCGCGAUCUCGACAUCGACUACUGCUGGGAUAACAUUCGGCGCCCGGUCCUGUUCGGCACCGCGAUGAACAAGAUGAUCGCGGACCACGGCGCCGACGGCCUUCUCUUCCUCGAGAUCGCCCCACACCCCGUGCUCAAGGCGUACAUCGAGCAGUGCGGCGGCGAGCCGGUCAGCCUCAUCCGGCGCCCGAACCCGAAAGUGCCUGCGCAGAACACGGGCGAGCACUUCCAGUUCCUCGAGGGACUUGGGAAUCUGCUCGCGCAGGGGUACAAGAAGGUGGAGUUCAACAAGCUGUGUGCGUCGCCCGAGGGCGCGGAGGAGUUUUAUAAGCCGAAGUUGCCUGAUUAUCCGUACAACAAGUCGCUUUGCUGGGCUGAGUCUGGGAAUGGUCGGUCGAUGCGUCUUCGCGAGAAGCAGCGCCCGAUUGCACCGCAUCAUUUCCGUAUCAACGUCGAUAGUCAUCCUGAUCUCACUGGGCAUAUCGUCUUUGAUGCUGUUCUCUUUCCCGCUUCAGGUUAUGUCGAGAGUAUCCUCGAGAAUGGCGCCAUGGUCGUCACUGACGUUUCCAUCCACAAGCCCCUCGUCCUCGAGGGUACAGGCAACUGGCCAGCUCACGCUGGCUGUGCCAUCGACGGCGACAAGUGGCAGUUCCGUGCCUCGACGAACAAGGAGUUCGUCAACGGCGAUAUCGUCCUCGACACCGUCUAUGCCUCUGGCUCCUUCUCCCGCGUCAACCCCGCCUACAACGCCGCUGCCCCUCGCACAUUCGACUUCGAGAGCAAGCUCGCCCUGUCCGUCGGUAGCAUCAACGGCGACGAGUUCUACGACUGCAUCCCCGCCGCGUACCGCUACCAGGACCACUUCAAGAACUACCUCAAGGUCGUGCAUGAGGUGCACGAUGAGAGCAGCUGGGGCGCCAAGGCUUACCUCACCCGCCUCGAGAUCCCUGCCGGCACGCCUGACGUCUACGGUAGCGGGUACUGCGUUCACCCGGGCAUUCUUGAUUCGAUUACGCAGUGCGGUCUCGCGAUGUUCAUCAACAUGGACACGAAGCAGUUCGACUUCAACGGCGUCUUCCUCCCCGUCAAGAUCGACGCGCUCAGACGCUGGGACAGCGCCGACGCACCCAAUCUCGACGAAGAGUUGCAGAAGGGAGUGUGGACGUACUUCGUCGCGCGCACGUGGGCGCCCGAGGGCCCGUUCAAGAGCGACUACAUCAUCGCGAACUCGGAGGGCAAGGUUCUCUUCACGAUCGAGGGCUUUGAGAUCGCGCGCGCGCCCGACGCAGAACCUGUUGCGAUUACGGAUAGCAGCACCGAGGAGAGGCUGACGACGGUCUGGCAGCCGAAGAACUUCCCCGUCAAGUCGUUCUCGGUCCCCGCGGGCAACUCGCUUGUUGCGCUCUUUGACGCACUCGUCAAGGACGCGGUCGCCGCUGGCCGCAAAGUUGUUCGUGUCGUCGAUGUCGCUGCGUCGUCUGACGUUGCGACAUCGCUCGACGCGUCUCUCCAGUCACUUCUUGCUGACUCUGGUGUUGUCGUCGAGUACUUCUGUGCUGCACGUACGCCUGAGGAGGCGGACGCGAAGACCUCGGCGCUCACCUACUCCCAUGCUCGCUCGCUCGCUCUGGAGUCGUAUCUCCCCAAUGACGAGGCGGCUGCAGCUGUUCUCUGCAGCUUCGACAUUGCCGUGGGCUCUGUCGAUCUCUCAAAGGCGCCCCGUGAUCUCGCGACCGUAGCCCAUCUGCUCGUCUCUUCAGGUGUCGCACUUCUCGUUGCUUCUGACUCGAGCUCUGAACCCGACGAGCUUACCGAGAAGAUCACUCUCGACGCCCUCACCCAGCGACUCAGUGCCCACGACGCCCACGUCCAAACCUCCCCAAUCUCCUCCUCUCAGACCCUGCUCGCUGUACAAGUUCCCUCGCCCAUCGUAUCCGUCCCCGCCGGCCCGUUCAAGAGCGUGAUCAUCGCACCCUUCGAGCACGGCCGCGAAGGCGAGCUCGUGGACAUCGCGCAGAACAUCUCCGGCGAGGCCGAACUUUGGGUCACGGGCAACGACGACGCAGCUGGCAUCGGCGCGCUCGGUGUCGCGUCGUGUCUCGUCGCGGAAGCGCCCGAAUUCGCGGUGUACUCGGUUCUUUUCGAGGACCAUUCGCUCGACGAGGAGGCACGCGAGGCGGUUGUGCAUGAGCUGAGGAAGAAUGCGCUCGGGUUGGAGCAGCAUGUCAAGGUCUCGAAGAAUGGUGAUGUUCUUGUGCGUCGGUUGGUGUACGGGUCGGCGGAGACGCGUCGGCUCGACGUGCCUGCUGUACAGUUCUCGUUGGAGAACGGGAAGGCGGCGAACGUUGCUGCUUACUUCCCGCGCGAGAUCAGCACGGAGGACGUCGAAGUGGAGGUCACUGCGCUGGGCGUUGAGGAGCUCGCGACGGAUAAGUCGCCGCUCGCGUUUGUUGGCACGGUUCGCGCUGCAGGUACAUCUGUCGCCUCGCUGGCCGCUGGAACUGUUGUCGUCGGGUUGACGAGCGAGGCGCCUGCGUCCGUGCUUGUCGUUCCUGGCAGUACGGUCGUUCCCCUCGCUCCUGGUGUAUCGCCGACAGAGGCAGUCUCCGCCCUUCCUGCCCUGCUUGGUCCGUGGGUCGCGCUCGUGGAGCUUGGUCGUGUGCGCAAGACGUCUGCCGUGCUUAUUCACGAUGCUGCAAGCAGUGCCGGUCUCCUUGCUGUCCAACUUGCCCAGCGCUUCGGGGGUAAGGUCCUCGCUACUGUCUCUAGCGCAGCGGAGGCUUCGCUCGUCGCUGAGCACACCACCCUCGACGCCGGCUCGAUCGGUAGCAUCUACGACUUCACCGAAGUUGCUCGCGGCUGGUUCGCCGUCAACAAGGUCACCGCAUUUGACCUCGUCUUCAACGCUGGAGGCCAAUCCACCUUCGCUCGCGGUGCUAAUACCUUGUCUGCUCUGGGCUCAUACAUCCACCAUCACCUCGGCGACGAGUCGCCCGUCCUUCCCGUUGGCGCUCCCUCUACUCACGUUGUCAGCGUCUCGAAGCUCGUCGAGUCAUCUCCGCAUGCCGUCGCACCCCUCGUCUCCACGAUCCUGGAGGCACACGCGAGCCAAGCGUUCAGGCUGCGCAUUAAGAACCUCUCUCUCGACGGUUCCGCGAUCGACGAUACCAAGGACGUUAAUGCGGUCGUCACGAGCCUCGAGGGCGCCGGCUCCGCACUCGUCGCGUCCGCACGCAUCAACCCCGCCAGACAGCUCUUCGACCCGCGUAAGAGCUACAUUCUUCUCGGCGGAUGCUCCGAGCUCGGCGUGCGCAUCGCUGACUGGAUGGCACGGCACGGCGCACGGCACAUUUUCAUGACAAGUCGCCGCGGUGCGAAGGGUCUGACGAAGGUGGACGGGUUGUAUAACCACCACUGGCGCCUCAAGGGCGUGCAGAUCGAGGUCAUCGCUGCGGACGCUGUCAGCAAGGCCGACACGCAGGCGCUCGUAGAGAAGGCUAGCGCGGCAGGCCCGAUUGGCGGUGUUUUCGUCAUGACGGUCGUGCUCCGCGAUGGGAAGUUCACGAACUUGUCGCAGGGCUCGUUCGACGACGUCUACACGUCGAAGGUCACGGUGCUCAACACGCUGCUCGAGUGCGUCGACCCAGCGAGCAUGGACUUCAUUCUCCUUUUCUCGACUAUCGGCUCUGUCUUCGGCAACGCGGGGCAGGCGGCGUACUGCGCCGCGCAGCUCUACCUCGACCGCGUCGCUGAUGUUCUCCCCAACACCAUCUCGAUGUCAUUCCCGCCCAUCACCGACUCGGGCAUCUUCAAGCGCCUGGUCUUGGCGUCCAAGGGCAAGGCGAACACCGCCCAGCUGACGAAAACGGGUAUGACGACCGCGCAAGUCUGCAACUUUAUCGGUGAUUCACUGAUUCGCCGUAUCGCGCACUACGUGCCCAUGCUCGCAAUUUCCGAUGUGCCCGCGACGUUCCCCAGCUGCGAGCCGAUGCUCUUUGGCCACUUGCUGCCGACGCGGUUCCUUGUGGCGAAUACGGCAGGCGGAAAGGAUGGCGGUGUCGCGGAGAGCCCGGCGACGCUGCUGGCGACGCUGCUCAGUAUGGACGUCGAACAGAUCACGGACAACGCGCUCAUCACGAGCUUCGGUCUCGAUUCGCUGGGAGCUACUCGCUACAGUAACCAGCUGAAAUCACGCUUCAACAUCCAAGUUUCGCAGAUCGAGCUGCUCGGCUCGAUGACGAUCGGCGCGCUCAACGAGAUGCACGCCAAGGCUGGCUCUUCAGCCGGCGCCGAGGAUGCGUCGUUCACGACUGACGACGGUUCCGCUAAAUACGGCGAGCCGCUCGUCCCGGUUCUCAACGACAAGCUCGCGUACGACGAACCGUACACCACGGACGCUUCCCCUCACCAGUACCGGAUCUGGCUGGCUCAGCGUGAAUACGACAACGCACGCAAGCGCUCCGUCGCCAAGAUUGACAGCAACAUGUCUCGCUACGGCGCAACGCAGUGGGAUACGCAUGAGGGGUACUUCGUCACUAUCCACUCGGAGACGCCGCUCGAUAUCGAGCGCAUGACCGAGUCCUUUAACGAGGUUGUCAACCGCCAUGGCGCUCUUCGCACCGCGUUCUCGUGGAACGAGGAGCUCGGCAAGCUUCAGCAGACCAUCUACCCCUCGUGCGACUUCCAGGCGUCGCUCAUCGAUCUCUCCGGCGAGUCAGACUCCCUCGGCAAAGCAUACGAGAUGAGCUUGGCGCUCAACAAGGAGCCCAACUUCAAGCUCGACAAGCUCCCGCUUCUCACAGCCAUGAUGUUCGACCUCGGCGCCGGCGACUGGGCCUUCAACAUUGUCAUCCAUCACAUCAUCAUCGACGAGGCCUCGCUCGGCGUCUUCUUCUAUGAGCUCUUCCAUAUCUAUCUCAACGGCCCCGGCGCACUCCCCGAGGUUUCCAUCCACUACUCCGACUUCAGUGACUGGCUCGAGAAGACGUCUGAGCGUCGGGCCGAGCUCAAGGAGGAUCACCUCAAGUUCUGGGCAGGGAACCUCCAGGAGACGCAGCCGCUCCACCUCACACUCGCGACACCGUCGGACAAGGAGCUCGCGCCGAUGACGCAGAUUGAGGCUAGGAUCGGUGUCGGCGCGCUCGAGCAGUACUCGAAAAUUAUCACCGCUGCGACCGCCACGCCAUUCGCCGGUUUCUUCGCCGCGUACAACGUUCUCCUGCACAAGUACUCCGACCAGAACUCGUUCGUCGUCGGUACCGCCGUCACGCAGCGCAACCUCGCGAUGCUCCAGAGCGUCAUCGGUUUCUUCGCCAACAUGCUGCCCAUCAAGACCGUUGUCGACGAGUCGCAGAGCUUCAUCGAUUACCUGCGCACCUUCAAGGACGCGCUCAUAUCGUGCUUGGCGCACGACGAGGUCACCUAUGAGGACAUCGUUGCUCAGGGCAAGGGCGGCGCUCACGGUCGCGGCUACUUCAAGCACCUCUUCGCGCCCGCCGGUGUCAACAUGGAGACGAUCUCCCAGCUCGAGACCGGCAACCUCAAGCAGAAGUCGAAUGUUUCUCUGCCCAACGGCGAGGAGCAGUACGAGUUCCUCCUCACGGUCGACUAUCACAGCGGCAACGUCAUGCUCCGCUUCGACAACAAGCUCUACACCGAGGACGCUGCGCGGCAGUUCCUCGAUGCCUAUAUCGGGCUCGUUGAGACGAUCGGACGUGAUGGCAACGUCAAGAUCGCCGACAUUUCAACCGUCAGCGAGACCGAGCACGACCGCCUCCUCAAGCUGGCUGCAUCGGACGCCGUCGCCAUCGACGAGACGUGCUUGCACACGCUCGUUGAGACGCAGGCAAAGAAGACCCCACGUUUCACGGCCGUCGAGUUCGAGGACGAGAGCCUCACGUACCUCGAGCUCAACACGAAGGCGAACCGUAUCGCGCAGUCGCUCAUCCAGCAAGGUGUGCACCAGGGCGACGUCGUCGCGCUGUGCUUCGAUCGCGGGAUCAGUCAGAUUUUGGGUAUCCUCGCCGUGCUCAAGGCUGGCGCGACGUUCGUGCCUCUCGAUCCCGACGACCCGACGCUCCGCAAGGAGAUGAUGAUCGAGGAGUGUGGUGCUAAGGUCAUGAUCACGACCUCGAGCCACUCUCGCGUAUUCCAGAAGAGUCUCGCUUCAAAGGUCUUGAUCGCUUAUAUCGAUGACCCCAGCUACCAGAAGCGCCUCACGCGUUUCAGCGCCGAGAACUUCGAGGUCGAAGGCCUCACCCCGUCUAGCUUGGCUUAUGUCAUGUUUACGUCGGGAUCUACCGGCAAGCCCAAGGGUGUCAUGAUUGAGCAUCGCUCGAUCUCCAACUUGGUGCAGAACUCGAGCGUUUACGGUUUCCAACAAGGCGUUCGUGUUAUGUCAUCUCUCGCGUACACGUUCGACCCCUUCGUCGUCGACGUCUUUGGUACUCUCACUCACGGCGCCACGCUCGUCACGGGUCGCAAGGAACUUGUCCUCGGCGACAUCCCCAAGGCCAUUCGCUCGCUCCGUAUCAGCGUCCUCCACGUCACCCCUAGUAUCCUCGCCGUCGUUCCUGUUUACGAGUACCCGACUCUGGAGACGAUCGUCGUCGCUGGUGAGGCCCUCGGUAAGAAGCUCAUCGAGGACUGGUCACCUCGUGUCACCCUUCGCAACAUGUACGGCCCCACCGAGGCUUCUGUUGACUGUACUUCAUGCCACGUCACCUCACCUUCGCUCACUGGCGUCAUCGGUCGCCCUCUUCCCAAUUGCCGCAUCUACAUCCUCGAUAAACAGCUUCGCCCGACUCCUGUCGGUGUCGAAGGCGAGUUGUACAUUGGCGGUAUCCAGCUUGCGCGCGGCUACCUCAAUCAGCCCGAGCUCACCAGUGAGGCGUUCAUCCCGAACCCCUUCGUUCCCGGCGAGCGCAUUUACAAGACGGGAGAUAUCGCUCUGUACCGUACGGACGGCAACAUCGAGUACUGCGGUCGUGCAGAUCGUCAGAUCAAGCUUCGUGGCCAGCGUAUCGAACUCGGCGAGAUUGAAGAUGUCAUCGCCAAGUUCCCGGCCGUGCAGCGCACUGCCGUCGUCAUCCGGACCGUGCAGGACGCGCCUGCCAUCGUCGCCUUCGUGGAGUUCAAGCAGGAGGUCGCCGAGCGCGUGGAUGACGAGAAGGAGGGCCUCAAGAUCUUCGUUUCCGAGCGUCUGCCUCGCUUCAUGUACCCGUCGCUCAUCGCCGCGCUGCCUCAGCUACCCGCGUCGCGCAGCGGCAAGAUCGACCGCAAUGCUCUCAAGGCGAUGGACCUCAAGUCAUUCGCACCUGAUCUCACGCAAGACAUAGGCACGCCGCAGGGCGACGUCGAGAUCGAGUUGAUGAACAUCUUCUCGAAGGUGCUCAAGAUUGACCAGAACUCGUUUGGCGUCUCGCAUGAUCUGUUCGCGGUGGGAAUGAACUCGCUUAUGGCGGUUCAGGCGGCGGGUGUCGUCUCGAAGACGUUCAAUGUCCAUAUCGGUCUGAACAACGUCUACUUGAGGCCUACAAUCCGUGAGCUCGCCAACCUCGUCAUCGACGAGAUGGGCCAAGACAGUCGAGCCCUCAUCGAAGCCGAGGACACUGACGCCGACUUCCUCAUCGAGUUCCUGCCGAUCAAGAAGAAGGGCAUCCAGCCCAAGUUCUUCCUCGUGCACGAUAUCACUGGGAUGGCGACUCCCUUCAUGCGUCUCGGUGCAUUCAUGCCCAACGAGAUGUACGCUAUCGGAGACAAGCAUUUCGGCUCGGCCACCGGCUUCGGAACGAUUGAGGCGAUGGCGGACCACUACAUCUCGCUCAUCAGGAAGGUGCAGCCGUCCGGUCCGUACAUCAUCGGUGGCUACUCGUACGGUGGCAGCGUCGCGCUCUGCAUGGCCACGAAGCUUAUGGACGCGGGCGAGACUGUCGCACACCUAAUCCUCUUCGACCCCAUCUUCAUCCCGUCAAGUGAGCGUCAGUCGCUCAAGUCGACCGACUGGACCCAGCGCUCGAUCGAUCGUAUCUCGUCUAACUUCCCCGACAUCGGCGACAAGUGGAAGAACAAGCUGCGCACGGAGAUCCGGAAGAACCUCGACUCGAUGUUCGACUUCGAGCCCGCGCACUACAGCGGGCGUACGACGCUCGUCGUGCCCAAGGACCGGAGCUGGUACAGGAGCGGGAACGCGUCGGACUUCGACACGGGCACGGACGACCACAAUGGCUGGGACGCGCGCAUCAAGGACCUGGAUAUGAAGGUCGCGGCGGGUAGCCAUGAUACGAUGUUCCAGCCUGCGCAUGUCAAGGUCCUUGCGGGCGUCGUCAAGGAUAUCAUCUCCUCUACACCUGGUGUCCAGGCUUGAUUGCAUAUUACGAUGACAUUAUUACGUUCAAAUAUCUCAUGCUGACGUUGGAGACGAGGGCGUUGAAUGACUACGACUUUUUCUCUAUUUUCUUAAUCUGGUUGACUUGUGAAUAUCGAAGGCCUUUUGUAAUCUAACAUACACCAAUGUAUUAUGGCAUCACUAAAUUAUCACGACCUUUCUCAAUUGAACAGAGCAAACCGAC